AGAGCACGUCCCGGCCGCCGCUCCGCCGGUUUGAACUUGGCGGGCCAGAUGUGGGCCGCAGGGCGGUGGGGGCCUGCUUCUCCCCUUCUCGAACGCCGUUUCAUGGCCGACAGCAGGUCCGGGUCUCUGCCGUCCUCGGGCUUCUCUGUUCUCUUGGCAGGGGCCCGGGGGCCGGGCCGGGAGGCGGUGGAGGUAUGCUCGCUGUCGCCACCGCUCAGCUGCAGCAAUUCCACCCUGUCGCUGUUGUCUCCCCUCGGCCACCAGAGCUUCCCGUUUGACAACGACGAUGGUGACGAGGAGGAGGAGGAAGAUGUGGGCGAAGAUGCUUAUGACUCAGAGGCCAAGGUGGAGAGCCUGAGAGGAGUGGAGUUACAGGGGUGCACCAGUACGGUUGGAUCCGAAGAUAACCAAGAAGAACAGAAGCAGGUGCACUUACCAGAAAGCAGCCUGACACCGUGGGAAGUGUGGUUUGUUGGCAAAGAAAAAGUAGAACGUGACCGUCUGCAACAGAAGGCUCUAGAGGAAUUAAAUCAACAACUAGAAAAAAAGAAAGAAGUGGAAGACCGUGAAAAGAGAAAGAUAAUUGCUGAAGAAAAGCACAAGGAAUGGGUUCAGAAAAAGAAUGAACAGAAAAGAAAAGAAAGGGAACAAAAAAUUAAUAAAGAAAUGAAAGAAAAAGCAGCAAAGGAAUUGGAGAAAGAACAUUUACAAGAAAAAGCAAAGGAAAAAUAUCAAGAAUGGUUAAAGAAAAAAAAUGCUGAAGAAUGUGAGAAGAAGAAGAAAGAAAAGGAAAAAGAAAAACAACGGCAGGCUGAAUUACAGGAGAAAAAGGAAAUAGCAGAAAAAAAGUUUAAGGAAUGGUUGGAAAAUGCAAAAAAUAAACCUCGUCCAGCUGCAAAGAGCUAUGGUUAUGCCAAUGGAAAACUCACAGGUUUUUACAGUGGGAAUUCUUAUCCAGAACCAGCUUUUUAUAACCCAAUUCCAUGGAAACCAAUUCCUAUGCCUCCUUCUAAAGAAGUGAAGGAUCUAUCAGGAAAGAAGACUAAAAGGCCUGUGAUAAGCCAGCCUCAUAGGGCAUCCUCUCUGGUAAUGCAUAAAGCUAGAAGCAAUCUUUGCCUUGGAACUCUAUGCAGAAUACAAAGAUAGUAGAUGUGGGAAAUUGCAUGCUUUUACCUGGAGCUACUUAAUUUUAACAUCAGAAUUUGUUGUUUUGUUGCUCUACUAUUAGUAGCUCAACAUUUGAUGUAUUAUUGUUACGUUCACAUUUUUGCAUUUGUAUAUGGAGUCCUUAGAGUUAAUUUAGGAAGAUAUUUUAUUCAUUUUUAUUUUUAUAAAUGCUUCAAGGUUGAUCUUGGAAUAUUGUUUUGCAAGAUAAAUGACAGAAUAUCUAACAAUUGUGUUUAUAUUUAGCUUAUAUUAAAACUACCCUCUAAAUACCAAUAAAACAAUUUUUUGUGUA